AUGGCCUCUCCCGGAACAACGAGACCGGGCGCGAUGAGUGCGUGCCCUGCUCCGAGUUCUCCAGCUCCACCUGGGAUUCAAGAGCCCACAGGCGGAUUUGUCUCAUUUGCCCUCCUGGCACCGAGAGUUGGCAAGGGAACUGCAGGCCUUGCCAGGCGGGGUACUUCAGUGAGCAGCCGGGGUCUUCAUCUUGCUCGCCCUGCAGUGCCGGGUUCUUUCAAAGUCAACAAGGACAAAACAGCUGCCUUCCAUGCCCAGCUGGCACUUUCAGUGCUGGCAGCGGCUCGCACCGCUGCACGCCGUGCUCCGAAACCUUUGAUGUCCUCAAUGACGAACUGGCACGCUGGGCACCAGAAGGAAGUGUUUCUUGCAUCAACUGCCCUUUUGGAGCCGAGUGCCAGCCUGACAACAAUGGAUUGUACACGAACUUCACCAACGCUGAAGGGUACUACAUCUUCCCAGAUGCCAACCUGUCCCAGCAAGCGAUCUUCAGCUGCAAUCACGGCAAUGGCUUGGCGUGCUUGGAGAGUCGGCAGUGCUACAGCGAUCCUAACACAGGGGAGGUCGCCAUGGAAGGACCCAUGUGGCGAAUGGCCAGGCUUUGCCAAGCCGACUGGGAAACCUUUGGACCUCUGUCGGAAGUGUGGCUCCAGGACGGCGAACGUGGUGGGCGUCAGCCUGCAGCUUCUCACUGUGGUGGGAAUGGCCUCCUUUCUGAUGAUCGUGAACGCCUUGUCGGACUAUAGCAAGCCCAAAAACAUCUUGUCCAUCAUCUUGAAGCAAUUCUUCAAUUACAUCCAGAUGGCCUUUGCAGUGCUCUCCACAGGCGGAGACCAUGGGCUGUACGGAGGUCUCAGCUUGGUCCAAGCUUUCGACCUUGGGCAGGACUACCUGGGGCUGAACUCGGCUGCCUGGGUCCCAGAGGCGAGCGCCUGCCUCAUCCAGGACCUCUUUCCCAGCUGGGAGAUCCACAAGGUCUACACGGUGAUCGGCCUGGCGUGGUUUCCGGGCACCGCCCUUGUUUCAAUGCUGGUCUACCUCUUUGUGAAACUCGUGAGGAGACUUCUGAAGAAGUCGGACAUCGAUACGCGCCACCUGAAGACGUGGAUGAUGAUCAACUUCUUCCUCUACGUCCCACGGGUGAACCGGCUCUUGAUGGUGAACUUCAAAUGCCAACAAUACGACACCUCCAGGUUGACAUUGAAUCCACAAGUGCUUUGCUGGAGCAAUGACCAUGCAGUUUGGCAGACGAUCAGCUGGGGAGGCGUUCUGGUCUUCUCAUGCGGUGGCCCGCUCUUCCUCUACCUGAUCCUCAGGAGACUGCAGAAGAAUCAGCUUCUGAGUAGCUGGAGAUCCCUCAGAACCUAUGGUUUCCUCUUCGCUGGCUUUGAGCCAGACUUCUACUAUUUCGAAUGCAUCUACAUGUUUCGAAAGAUUUGCUUUGAGCUGGUGAUGACGAUCCCUGGCAUGACCUCUGAGGAUGAGGCGAUUCUCGGUCGCAUCAACAACAGCAGCGUGGCGUUUGUGGCGUCGAUCUUUUUCGCGCUGCACAUGGCUUGCCAGCCCUAUGACAACAGGGAUUAUUUCAUCUUGGAUCGCAUUGAGACGGCCUCGUUGCGAGCCAUUCUGGUGACGGCUUUCUUGCAGCUUUGGUGUUUGGACACGAAUGAGGCAGAUGGUAUCAAGCACAAUGAAUGGCUUCGCCAAGGGCGGAAUUUAGUCGGUACCGUUGUCAUACUCCUCUUUCAUCUCCGCUUCUACUGGCUCUUUUUCUACGGCAUGGCCCGGCGCCGGGUGCAGCAGUGCAUGGCGGCGUGUCGAGGCCGAACUUGGGCACAUGGCACCUGCGUUUUUGUGCCGGAUGGGAUCCAGCUGCGGAAUCUCAACGAAAAAGAGGAGCAGCUCCUGAGUUCCAUGAUCGCUCAGAUCUUCGAGACGCACGUCCAAGUGAAGGGCAAGAUCGCCUAUGACAACUGGGCUGGCAGCUUGCAGGCCUUGUGUUUGGAAGCCAAGCGCGGCAGCAUUGGGGCCGAGCUCGUGGCCCUGGACCGGGUGGGGCACACUCUUCGUUCCUGGCGAGAGAUCGGACGCAAGCUCUUCCGAGGGAGCCGGGCGGGCGCCAUUUGCGAGAGGUUCUUCGACUGGCUCGAGGACUGUAACGGUGUGGUGUCAAACGCGGGUUCAAGUUAUGAAAAGCUCAAGAGGCAGAAGGACAGAGACAUGGAGGAGCUGCAGAUUUUUGGCGCCGACUCCCUCAACAAGAUCUUGAACUCUGAGUUCCGCGUGGAGGAGUUGCAGGAUGCCAUGCUGACGCUUGGUAAGAGCAUUUGUGACAACAAGCGAAUACCUGGCCUGGGCUUGAGUGGUAGCAAGGAGGAUAAGACCUCGUUCUCGCAAGCCAUGGAAUUCUAUGUGGGGCCUCUGGCCCUUGAUGACAACAUUGCCCUGGCGCUCGAGGAACGGACCCGAAUCAACGAAGUGGAGGAGCUCCGGAAGGAGGUGAAUGAGAGGCAUCAUGAAUGCAUGGAGCUGCGGCGGCAGCUCCUCUCCCUUUGCAAGUCCAAAGCCUCCCUGCCUUCCCCGCGACAGUCCCUCCGCUCGGAGGUCAGCGUGCAGAUUGAGCAGGAGAGCGUGAGCUCUGACAGGGCAAGUGAGACUGUGACCAAGCUCUGGCAGACGAUCCGGGAGAACGAGGAGUUGACGGCCAAGCUCCAAACGCUGGGCCAGGCCUGGAACGAGGCAGUGGCAGAGCGAGAUGGUUUCAAGGCAGAUUGCCAACAGCUUCAAGCGGCUUUAGAGAAGGAGGAAGAGAGGAAAAGCGAGGCACAGGCGACCGUUGCAGAGCAGCAGUCAAAGCUCUCGUGCUUGGAGGAUCAGCUCAAGAGGAUCUAUACCGUCCGAGCCGCAUGUUGGAGCUGUGGCGCCAAAAUGCCGGAGGGUGCUCUGUAUUGCUUCAAGUGUGGCAAGGAUUUGGACGGCGAGCAGGAGGACUCAGCGGUGAAGAGGUGA